AUGGCAAAUGACGUACCCCACCAAGAUCGCCCUCAGCCUGCUGUCCAUCGAAAAUGCUACAACUGGUGCUUAAAAACUCGAGCAUUCAUGCCUCCGAAACGACGCCUUGAAAACGAGACUUUGCCACAACCCAAGAGAGUAAGGAGCGACGAUGGUGGUGCCUUGGAAAUGUACAACAAGAUAGCGACCUUUGAAAACGCUGACCGCGUUCGUCAAGACCCUCCGGUCCCCCGCCUGCAGGAGGCAAUCCGUCGAGCAAAAAAGGAGCAACCUGCUGUGGGGAGCUCGGUGGUGUACUGGAUGAGGAUGGAGGACAUGCGGAUUGAUGAUAACCGGGCGUUCGCCGCUGCUUCUGCCUUUGCCAAAAAGAAUGCUAUCCCUGUCAUCGUACUGUUUUUGUUCAGUCCCGGGGAUUAUGCGGCCCACGACCGCGGUGCUCGUCGUAUUGACUUUACGCUUCGCAACUUGGACUGGCUCAAGGACAAACUCGACAAGCUCAACAUCCCGCUUUAUGCCGAAAGUCACACUCCAAGGAAGAGCUUGCCUCAAAAGGUAGUAGAACUAGUGCGGUCAUGGGGAUGCAAGUCAUUGUACGCCAACCUUGGAGCUAAUGAAAACGCAGAAUAUGAGCUCGAUGAAGUACGCCGUGAUCUCAAAGUCCUUGAAAUCGCCAAAGACUGGGGUAUUUAUUGUGACUUUUACGAAGAUAAAUUGAUUGUUCCCCCUUACAAAGUCUCUACCAUGCAAGGGAAGCAGUUUUCGGCACACGUAGAUGGAAAUCCAGAAUGUUUGGCAGAAGCACCCGUCAUCCAAGCAAACCCCUCCGACAUCCGAAACGAUGCCAACAUUGGCCCCCUAUUUGAAAUCACAAUUCCUAACUCGAUUCCUGGAUUUGAAUUGGAGGACGCCUCCAAGAUGGAAGAGCUGUGGCCAGCAGGAACUGAAGCUGCACGGGAGAUACUUCAUCGUUUCUUGACGACUAAAUACCGAAAAGGUCAACUGGAUGUAUCGCCACUCAACAGGGGUGCUGCGACCGUGGACAAGAAGGACACGAGACUCGCCCAAUAUGGUGACAACCGAGCCAAAGUCGAUGGAGAUACGAGUUCUAGGAUCUCCCCAUACCUAUCUGCUGGUAUCAUCUCUGCUAGAGAACUCGUCAGAGAGUCGAUGGAGUUUCUCGGGGUCAAGAAGGUGAACGUCGAGAGAGAGAACGGUGCCGGGUACGACACGGGAGGGAUCGUCGCCUUCUUCAUUGGCAAAGGUCUAGUAUUAUUGAGAACGAUAAACAUACAAAAUAAAAGAAAGGAGAAGCGCUUUAUCAGCUGGGGAACGAAAACGGCUCAAAAAAAAUACAAAAAAUUAGAACAUACACUCAGAUCUUGUAUCCACAAUUCUAUCGCCAAGGACCAGCCCACACCCCCUGCAAACCAGGUCUCCAGAGCUGAAUUCUUCUUCAAUGUUUGGCUGAGGGGGGAAGGGCUGGGCAAUGGACAUCCUAGUUGUGGUUGGGUUCAAACUUAUGAUUUCCCUUUGCCCGCUCUUGAGGCUGACUUAUGGGGCACACCAGGCUGA